ACAGGGCGAGUACUAAAGACUGUUGCCGCAUCCCAAAGGUUGUUUCUUUUUUCAGUUUUUGUUUAUUAUUUCGAUAAGAUGGCGAUCUAUCUGAAGGCAGGAGCAGUUGAGAAACUUGCUAAUGGAGAUGUGAGGUCCGAAAUACAAAUGAUGCCGGUGCUGCAUGUGUUGAAAUCGACGAUUGUUGUGGUUAACAGACAUGAAGCGGCUGUGUUGUGGUUAACAGACGGGCAGGGGCAUGAGAUACGGGCAUUACUUAAGGGUGAUCUGAGCUUGGUGAAAGACAAGAUUGUUGGAUCCGGUAGUAAUAUUCAGCUCCUUCAAUUCACCACUGGAACCACUCGAGUUUUCCCGGUGCAAAGGUUUGUUAGUAUUAUUGCUGCGAAUGUGAUAUUAUCUAGUUCUGAUGUAAUUGGACAACCUCAUUCUGAUGUAAUUGGACAACCUCAAGGUCCUCAACAGAAUUUUGAUGUGGAACCUCUUGUUGCUAAUACACAAGAGAGUAAUAGUGUUAAACCUCUUGUUGCGGACGAGCUGAAGAUCUUUCGCAAUAGAAUUAAAGAUGCUAAGGCUUUCGUUUGUGAUACUAGAACCACAAAAGAUGGUAUUCGGGCUGCAAUAAGGUGUUUUGACAUGAUAAUAACUAAAUUUAACAUGUUAUUAUCGGAUCUGCGUGUUCCUCUUGAGGAGCCUAGAGCACUCCCUUCAAAUGAUGACUCGGAGGACUUAUACAUGGAUCAACUCCGGUUAAACGCUAGUAGCCUCAUCCAGUUCUUUAUGAAGUGGAUUGUUCCUCAAUUGUUGGAGUUAUUCCAUUCUACUACCUACGUGCCUGAACUCAAUAAAAUCCAAAGUGUUGUAGAUGGAUGUAGUAUCUCAGUUUAUCGUCUUACAACGGAGGGUUUCGACUGCAAAAAGGAUGAAGAUAAGGAUUUUGAAUGGUUUCCGUGAGAAGGAAGAAUGUAGUUCCUUUUUUAAUCAAAACUUGUCAAUGCUUGUUAGCAUUCUCUAAUUUUUUUAAAGUAGUAUUGUAUUCUCUCGUAGACUCGUACUAUAUUCUCUAAUCCUGCUAGUUUUAAUGUAGUACUUUUUUCUCUUAUUAAGUCUUU